AAUAGACCUCAGUUCCUUGUACACUGACAGAACAGUUUCACUGCUUCUCUUCUCAUCAGACACAUGCUGGGGUAACACAAUGCAGAUGAAAUAUGCAGGAGGCUUAUAUUAAACACAGAAGAUAGCAUAGAUGCAAACUGCUGACUGGGGAAUAUGAAAAGUGGCUGCUCGGGUAAAUGAAAAAUCUUCCUGGACAUCUAACGUUUUUCAACGUGUCCCAUUCUGUUAGACUCAUCCAGAGCAGAAGAACGCUGACUCCUCUGAUUUAAGCUCAAAGGAGAAUGAUAUGGACCUGGACAUGUGAAUUAAUAAGUGAACCGUUCUCAAAGAAAAGGUUAUUACUAAAGUCUGAGAGUCUUAAACGUGGAGUGGCAUGGUUCAAGUCAUCACAGCAGGACUGUUUCGGGUACAACCAAAUUCACAUUAAAGUAGCCUUAUGGAUUUCCAACACAUUAGAAAAGACAAAGGAUGGGCUUUAACAUGACUUGAAACAGAAGUAGGACACUUUUUGUAGCCAGCUCAAUCCAAACAGAAGCCUCUGUUUCCUUAUCUCGAAGGAAAUGAUCUUCAGCAGCAGCUGCUUUGGCAAAUUGGAAGCUCUCCAGCAGGACCGAAAUGAGCCAGAAAGAACAUGCGAUUGAGGAGUAACCAGGGGCAAUCGGAUUUGUUUUGGACCAAACAUUUCUUCACUGUCUUUAAGUAAAAGAGUGUUGCUAAUGCACACAAACCCUCUUGUUCCCUAUUUUGUAUCAAAGUCAAUACUAGCAAAUAGCUGUUACAUCUUGUGUAUUAUUUUUUUCGUUUGUCAGAAUUUCAUGCCUAGGAUAAACACUAGAAUACGUCACAUAUCAGAUUAUAUUUUACACUCUUGCUUCGUAUCAAAGAUAGUUUUAAAAGGGAUAGCACAAACUGUCGUGCAUAUAUAGAUAUCGAUAUAUUUGUGACUCGCACUAUAUAUUUGUCGAAAUGCCGACAGCUUUAGCAACUUAAACCGGACACGACUGCUCCAUUCUAGCACUAGCUACGACAGCAAGAACCCUCAUUUAGCUUACAAUCAGAUAAAAAAAAUACGUAAUGGAUAUGAAGAUACACGCAUGUAUAUGAUACAAUUUUGUCCGAGAUGUUGCGAAGAGGCCUGUUUUUGUGGCUUUCUCGUGUCUGUGGAGUGUUAGUCCUUGUUUGCUGCUGUCUUUCCCUACUCUACGUCAUCACUUGCAACCCUCAUAACGAUGACCCCUUGGUGGUGCCCCGGCUGGGCGCACCGGGCUCUCCGAGAGGCCCCGGGAUUCCUGGCUUGCUCAGUGGCCCUCCCUUGGGCUCGUCGAGCCACGAGAACUACCAAGCUAUGCUUCAGGAACGUGACGAACAGCAACGGGAACACAUUUCCAGCCUGAAGAAGCAAAUCGCAGAGCUAAAGGAAGCCCUUCAGGAGCAAGUCGAGAGGCCAAAGGAGCUUCAGGAGAAAACGGGCACUGGAGCGACCGAUCUCAAUGAGUUUCUUCGCACCCAAAUAGGCCGAGCGGAGAUAAGUGCUGGUGUCCGCUUGCCAAAUGAGUACGCCGUGAUACCGUUUGAGAGCUUCACACUACAGCGUGUCUAUCAGCUGGAGACGGGACUCACACGGCAUCCUGAGGAAAAACCUGCGAGGAAAGAUAGACGGGAUGAGAUUAAUGAAGUGGUGGAGAGCGCCGUGCACACACUGAAUUCGCACAAACACAACCUGGGCGAUAAAUUUAGUGCAGACAAAGUGUACAGCACGGCUGACUUCAUUGAAGGAUUAGCAAGAACAGAGAAGGAUAAAGGAACGCUGUAUGAGCUUACUUUCCGUGGAGAUCGGAAAAACGAGUUCAGGCGUCUCGUUCUGUUCCGUCCCUUUGGCCCGCUGAUGAAGGUGUCGAACGAACGCGUGGCAACGUCUUACACCACCAUCAACAUCAUCGUACCGCUUUCGCAGAGAGCCGACAAAUUCAAACAGUUCAUGCACACUUUCAGAGAGGUGUGUAUAAAGCAAGAUGGACGAGUACAUCUCACCAUUGUCUACUUCGGCCAAGACCAGAUGAACGAAGUCAAAGGAAUACUAGAGAACACAUCCAGAGAGCUGAAUUUCCGUAACUUCACAAUGAUCCACCUGAACGAGGAGUUUUCCCGAGGCCGAGGUCUCGACGUGGGAGCCCGAGCAUGGAAAGGAGGAAACGUUCUGCUGUUCUUCUGUGACGUUGACAUCGUCUUUACUGCUGACUUUCUCAACAGCUGCCGCCUAAACACACAACCGGGAAAGAAAGUGUUUUAUCCGAUUCUGUUCAGCCAGUACAAUCCAGCAGUGAUUUAUGGAGGCAGCGAUCACGUCCCUCCUGUGGAGCAACAGCUGGUGAUUAAGAAGGACACAGGCUUCUGGCGGGACUUUGGUUUCGGGAUGACCUGUCAGUACAGAUCCGACUUCAUCAACAUAGGUGGAUUUGAUGUGGAUAUUAAAGGGUGGGGCGGCGAGGAUGUGCACCUCUACAGGAAGUACCUGCAUAGUAACCUGCUGGUGAUCCGUGCUCCAUCACGCAGCCUUUUCCACCUGUGGCACGAGAAGCACUGCGCCGACGACCUCCUGCCCGAGCAGUACAAGAUGUGCAUGCAGAGCAAAGCUAUGAACGAGGCGUCGCACGGCCAGCUGGGAAUGCUGCUCUUCCGGCAUGAAAUCGAGGCACAUCUGCGCAGACAGAAGCAGCGUGGUGCCCCCAAGAAAACCUGAAUCGUCAAUCAUGGUGAUAUCCAGGGGCACUCACAUAUGUGUGGGAAUCCCAGAUUCUAUGUGCCACACUUAUUGACUUCCUCCGUGACAUCAGGACCUCGAGAACUUCCAUGAAUCUUGUGACAUUGUGACAAAAAGAUACAUUUCUCCAGGGUCUGCCAUAUUGACAGUCACAUGUGUAUUUUUUUAACUAGACAUCUUGUCUAGUGUUUUUUUUGUUCCCUCAGAAUGCUGUGUCAGGAGAAACAUCCCCCAGCAGCGAAGUCCUCCUCAAAAGUUAUACGGCAAGUACAUGCUAAGCAAGACAUAAAACCCUCCAUGCUGUGCUGUCAAAGGGAAAUACAUAGUGAAAGGACAGAGUCAUAAAGCAGCAUCACCGUGACCACACUAAAGUUAUUCCUGAGGUGUUUUAUUCCUUUUGCGCCACAGCAGGAUCGCAAACAUAAACAAGGUUUUUCCUUAAAACGAUCGAAAAAUUUUCUAUUUCUUAUCCAUUUAUAGUGACAUGAAAUAAUGUUAUCUCACAAACACUACCUUUUGGACGUUGAAAUUGAUAAGACUUGAAAGUGAAACAAAGUGAUGCUCAUUAGUUAGCUAUGUUAUGGUGACCCCUUUUGGUCACUGAAGGAACUGCAGCAAUUUGAGAGGAAUUUUUUUUUUCAAAAGCACUGAGGUACUUUGUGAAAUAUUCCCAAAUUAAAUUGUUAGAUACACAGGAAAACAAGGGUAAUGUCUUUACA